CGUUCGCCCAUGGAUCUCCGACUUGCCAUGAUUAAAGUGCACGUCGCCGAAUCCGGAAGCAAAUGCCUCCUCAACCUCACCUUCUCCCAAAUCUCCUUCUCCGCACCGAUCCCGAGUUCGAUCACCGGCCAGCGGGCGGGUGGAUGAGCAUGGAGGCGUCCUCGUGGGACGCCCUUCGGAAACAGAGCAAGGAUGGAAGGAUGCUUUGGAUUCAUGAAUUAGAUCAUGGUGUGGAGUGGUAAAGAGAACAUGAAGAGAUGAAAAGGAGGCAUUGGAGGAGUACAAAUGACCCAGUUUCAUCACAUUACCAGGCGAGGAAGAUUGAAACUCAGUUGGAUGAUCAGAUGAGUUCAUAUCGCAGAUUGGUUUCAACAAAACCUGAUGGAUCAGAAAAUGAGUUAGAAUCUGGAAUUGAACAUUUAUUGAAGCAACUCCAGCAAGUCAACUUGCAGAUGCAAACUUGGGUUUCUUCUGGUAGCUCACAGAUUAUUUCUCAUACAUUGACACGGCAUAAAGAAAUUCUGCAAGACCUUACUCAGGAGUUUUUUCGCCUUCGCUCUAGUCUCAGAGCAAAGCAAGAACGUUCUUCACUUCUAGACUUCAGGGAUUUUGAUAGGGCAAAAGCGGACUUGGAAGAGGGUGCAGAUUCUGCUGAACAAGCUUUGCUUAAAGAACACACAGCUAUAAGUAGAAGUUCAGGGCAGAUGGAUAAUGUAAUAUCUCAAGCCCAAGCCACACUAGGGACACUUGUUCUUCAGCGCACGACAUUUGGUGGCAUCAGCACAAAGACGAGCAACGUUAGCAGUAGACUUCCUACGGUAAAUCAUAUUCUGUCAGCAAUUAGAAGGAAAAAGUCGAUGGACACUAUUGUUCUUUCCCUUGUCGCCUCGGUUUGUACAUUUUUUAUCUUGAUUUACUGGUUGUCGAAGUGACUGCUCCUAAAAGUGAGGCCCAUAAAGGAUCGAUUUGCGUAUGUUAGUACGUACAUGGUUCUGCCAGGAACAUGCUUGUUUUUGUACCUUAUAGUAUAGAGAAGAAGCAUUCACCCUUGCCCUGUUCA